CACCAAUGCCACAACAGCAGGCAAUGAAGACACUUAUAGUAGAGGUCUGAUAAGUUUACCAUCUACGCACUGCAGAUAGAUCAGAAAAAUGGGUGCAAUUAAGUGCAGAAUUGUGAACAGUGGAGUAUAACGCAGGGCAAAAGAACACUAGAAGAUACAGGAAGGACUGAAAGACAUGCAGGAACAAAAUGAAGCUCAGAGAGAAGUUGGCCUGCAGAAUGAGCAUUCUGUGGUCUCCUCUCACGUGUACAGAGCUGAAGCAUCAGCCCUUACUCACCUUGGCGAAGUACUGGGAAGAGAUGAGCCGGCCAGAAGGGACAGGGUGGAUCAGAGUUUUGCUUUAAUGCCAAGAAUAAGCAGAGACUCGGUGACACAGUACCUUCGAUACAGACCUGAUCAAUCAGUGCUCAUUCUCCAUGCCAGAGUUGCUCAGAAGUCCUAUGGAAAUGAGAAACGAUUUUUCUGUCCUCCUCCUUGUGUGUACCUCUGUGGAGCUGGAUGGAAUCUCAGACAAGAACAUUUUGAAGGUCUUGGUGAGUCUAGUUGUCGUGUGUGGGGGUAUAUGGGUCUGGAUGGCUCCCCUGGGACACAAGCAGACAACUUCAAGCUGAGCUUUGAAGAACAAACAGAAAGAAGGAUGUUUGCCUGUGCCAAAACCCUGUAUAUCUCGGAUACAGAUAAGCGGAAACACUUCCGUUUGCUACUUCAUCUGUUUCACAGUGGAGGGCAGGAGAUCGGCUCUUUCCAAAGUGGACUUAUUAAAGUAAUCUCCAAACCAUCACAGAAAAGACAAUCCAUGAAGAACGCAGAUUGUGAGUCAGUUUUGUGUAUCUCAUCUGGUUCAAGAGUGUCAUUGUUUAAUCGCCUGAGGUCUCAGACAGUCAGUACACGUUACCUUGCAGUGGAGGGUGAAGCUUUUGUGGCUAGUGCCAGACAAUGGACUGCUUUUACUGUCAUUCGAGUGGAGGAUCAGCAGACAGACUGCAGUGAUUACUCUAUGUGUGAGAGUUAUAUCUGUUAUGGCUGUGUGGUUCAGCUGGUAUGCACCAUUUCAGGAGUUGCACUGCCACCCAUGGUGAUUCGUAAAGUGAAUAAGCAGCAUGCAUGCCUGGAUAUAGAUGAGCCAGUGUCCCAGCUUCAUAAAUGUGCAUUUCAGCUCAGAAACAGCAAGCACAUGUACCUCUGCCUCUGCAAUGAAGAAAUCUUCCAGUACCAGGCUUCUCCAUGUCCAAAGGAGAGCAGUCGAGAGGUGUUGAAUGAUGGUUCAUGUUGGACCAUCACUGGUACAGAGGUUGUUGAGUAUACCUUCAGUGAGAGUCUGACCAGUAGCCCAACUGUCAUCAGCCCCAUCCCUGUCAUUAAUGGACUGGAGCUAAACGGAGGAGGCCAUGUGGCCAUGUUAGAGCUCCAUGGAGAAAACUUCAGUCCUUACCUAAAGGUCUGGUUUGGAAACAUGGAGUCUGAAACUAUGUUCAGGAGUCCAAGGUCUUUGCUGUGUGUCGUACCUGAUAUUUCAGUGUUCGGUGAAGAGUGGCGGUGGUACCGGCAGCCCAUCACGGUCCCUUUGUCUCUGAUACGAUUGGAUGGGAUGAUCUACAGAAGCUCAUUCACCUUCACAUAUACACCUGAGCACAGCUCUUUCUCUCAGCCAUCAUGUGUUUCUGCUGAGAGAACUGCCAACUCAGACACACUCAUUGACAACAUUCACCAGGAGUUCACCAGAACCAAUUUUCACCUGUUCAUGCAGAGCUGACAGAUACUUAGGGUAAAACACACAAAAAACUAAUCCUAACUUCACAAACCCAUGUAAGAUGUUUUGGGCUGGUCUAUUCCAAAACUAAAAUGCAUAGUUUUGUGCCAGUGAACAGGACAUUUGUGGGAACAUCACAAAAAAACACACCAAUAACACACUGUUCUCAAGAUCGAUUAAGCUGCAAAAAAUGACAUCUUAGCAAAUGGAAAUACCUUGAACAUAGUAAAAUUUAGGUAGUAUGUCCUAUUAUAAGAUUACAAUAAAGCAAAUAUAAGAUUUGUCACGUCAAAUCACAGAAUUGAUGACAAACUCUGAUUCCCAUAAUGCACAUCUGAUUACAAACAUGGACACCUUGGACUACAGCACCCACACGCCACAUUCAAUGUCACGAUCAUAGUCACCUGAUUACUGACUGCAUACACCUGGACUUAAUCACCACUAUAUUUAAGCAUGCUCAUUCACGCCAUUAACACAACAAAGUGUUCAUUCAUUUCUGUGUUUACACCUGAUGUACCAAACCUUCUGUUCAUGUUUGCUGAUUCUAGAUUUGACCCUUGAUUGUUUAAUUGUUUUGUGAUUCUUACCUUGCUCUUGGAUAAUCUAUUUGCACAUCGCCUGAUCUCUUGCCUGCCUUUUGACCUUGACCUCUGCUUUGCGAUUUGGAUUUGUUUGUUGUUGCCAGUUCUUUUAAUAAAAAGUAUUCUCUGCAACUGUUUCCGUCUUUACUGCCUGACUUUGCCGUCAACAUGGAGGCAAUGGGAAUGUUUGGCAACAGCCGAUAGCAGCGCA